AGGGCGCCGGCGCAGUAGAGUGAUGGUAGCGGCGCACGCGCAGUGUGUGGUCGCGUAUCGUCUCUCUCCGCAUCGAGAUGGCUGGAAUCUUCAAAAUUAGGACUAGACUCCACUUGCUACCUUCCUUUGGGAUAUCUCUACCAAGGGAGUUAUCAACAAGAUUGUGGAAAAAAGAAGACAAAUGCCUACGCUGUUGUUUUGGGACCUAUAUGUUCUUACAGCCACAGAGAUGGCAACCUGACAGUGCUUAUUUUUAUCCUGGGACAGGGCUGGUGGCAUACAGAUGUGCUGGCAGUUUAACCCCCACCAACAGAGUCUUGGAAAAGUCGAUGAUUGAGAACAAAGAACAGUUCCAACUGGUCUACAAGUUUCCAGGAAUUAAAUAUUGUAGAAUAUUUUCAAGAAUGAAGUUGCUACAGACUGCUCUAACCAUAGUCAUUCUCCCACCUGUCUAUCAUCUCUAUCUGCAGGAACAAGUAUCUCAGGGUUUUGUGUUGUAUGUCACUGGCACUGCUUGCUUUGCUGCUACAAUGCUGUAUGGUAUAAGUUAUUUUCUCAGACGAAUGAUUGGACUGAUGUACUUAAAUGAAGCUGGCACUAUGGUAAAAGUGGCACACUUGACAUUUUGGGGAAGAAAGAAAGAAAUUUAUUGUCCAGUUGAAAAUGUGAUGACCUUGGGUGACACUGGAGAUACCAAGAAUGAAGUACUGCUCCAGUUUAAACAGCAUAAUAGUACACAGGUUUUAUAUUUUACUCUAAGAUUUGGCCAUAUUGUGGAUAAACAGAAGUUUGCCCAAAUAUUUGGAGGAUUUUAGUAACUCAUUAGAUACAGUGACCAACA